GCCCGACUACCAACAAAUGAGUGCCCUGAGAGGCUAAGUAGCGCACCAAGAGUAUACGUUAAUUUUUUUAUUCUUGUUGAAAGAAAGUACUUAAAAGAAAAAGAAAAAUAAAAGACUUGAAGAAUGAAUAAACAGUUACAAAUUUUCAAAUAUUCUGAAACUUGUAUCGAUUUUGUUUCAUGCAACUGUAUUCUCUUGCUCAAAUAACUUGAUCGAUUUCUGAAUAACAACAGAUUAUGUGAAUUAUUGUAAUUUUGAACAAAAAUGACGGAAUUUAUGGACCUUCACUUUGAUUUGUUGAUAAAUAUAUUCUUAAGAUGGAGUGCAAAACCCUUGAUGCAAUUUAAGAGUGUAUGCAAGUCAUGGUAUUACCUAAUUAGCUCCCCUCAAUUUACCGAGCUUCAUCUUGAUCAAACCCUAGCUCAAUCGAAUCCGAACCUCCGAUUUGUUUUUUCAGCUCCCCAUCUCUCUUCUGCUGAAUUUGACACUUUUGAUCGGAUCACCGAGUUGGACAACCCCUUUCGUAGUCAGGGUUUUGCCCAUGUGGUGGGUUCUUGCCAUGGGUUGCUCUGCCUCUGUAAUUAUGAUUUGCACCUUACUAUCCUCUUGUACAAUCCCACGACUCGAACCUAUAAGAAACUCCCCUUUUUGCCUAAACCCUCAAGCUUGUCUCAUCGCUACUCGUUUGGGUUUGGGUAUGAAAAAGAAUCUAGGGACUAUAAGUUUGUUAGGAUUUUGCAAAGCAAUGAGGGAACUGGUCCUUUCAAGAGCCAAGUCAUGGUUUAUAGCUUGAAAAUGGAUUCAUGGGUGAGGGCUCCAGAUGUUCCUUCCCCAUUCUUUUCCUACCGUGAAGAUGGUGUUCUUGUUAAUGGUACUUUGCAUUGGGUACAUGAAUUUAUGCAUAAGGAUGAAAAGCGGUAUUCGAUUGUUGGAUUUUGUCUUGGUAACAACAGCUUUAUUGAGGUGCCUCAGCCUAAGUUUGAGGAACAGCUUAUCAACUUACGUGAUGGGGUUCUUGAAGGGUGUUUAUGUCUUAUGGUGAAUGACUUGGAAUACUCAGAUAUAUGGGUCUUGAAGGAAUAUGGUGUGGCGGAGUCAUGGGCUAGGCUGUUCAAAGUUAAGCAAUCACAACAGCUUAUGUUUCUCGAGUGGCCCAUUGCCUAUUCUUUGAAUCGACAGAAGCUUUUUCUGCAGCUGAAUACUUGGAGGGUUGUUUCACUUGACUUGCAGACUAUGGUGAUCAAAGAUGUUAAGGUCUGCGAUUUCCCUAGAUGUUUUGACACUCAAGUAUGUAUAGAGAACCUCAUUAUGUUGAAGGGUUCUGGCAGUGAAGCUCUUGACCAUCAGCAGGGAACAAAGAAGAGGAGGAGGCGAAGGAGGAGGAAACAUGUGCAUCGAAGAAGAAAUAUUAGUGUCGAUGAGAAUUUGGAAAGCUGAUGCACUAAAUGGGAAAAAGUGAAUGCAAGGAACACUAAAAGGGGAGGAGUGCUCUUUAAAAGGUGUCUCUUAUAGGUUGAAAUUUCCUUCACAAAAAUAAUAUGUACUGAUAAAGAUUGUUGACAUCAUUUUUGCAAUGUUGGCUUGCUGCUGGCUGUGGCGUGAAGUUAUCUAAUCGGGUUCAGAUAAUGAGAACUAGCUGAAAAGCUUCCUCUCAGUGACUUUAUAUCAAAAUUGUUUCUGCUGUGUAGUGUAUACUUGUUUUCUUAAAAUUUGGCCUGAGUGCCUGAAUGAAAAGCUUGUGUAUAUCUCUUGGAGAUAAUAUGUAAAAAGCAUUUUGUGAUUAUCGUACAUCAUUUAUACUUGAAAUUGUACAUCCUCCUUGCCUCCUUGGUGCAUUAUGUCA